AUGCUGCCGACCUUGGUCACGAAUACAAACGCUAGCCAGUUUGAUUUUCUGACCGGAGAAAAUCUCGGAUUUACUGCACGGAAUAUCGACUGCUCAUCGGCAACAGACGAUGGUCUUAUUGACUACGGCAACAUUUUCGAGCUUUUCAACGGAUCGAUACCUGGUCGCGAUCGUUACAAUUCGAUUUACAUACCACUCAAUGACAUAUGUAGUCAGCUACAAGCGUCUCAGCUCUUCAUGACAGUGUAUCGAAAUCGCAAGCUGUUCACUGGUACAAAGCAAUACCAAUCAUAUGGUUCAGUUUCAACGAUAGCCAAACGGAGUGCUGGACCCAAAGACACAGAACCACUACCAUCACCAUGUUCGCGUCAAAUCGCUCUGCCAGAAGAAGCCCCUGUUAUGACCGGGACCAUACUUAACGAUGGAGUGGCAGUGACGCGAUUAGCUACGGAGAGCACGGUCGCUGUGUUGAGAUUCAACAUAACUAAUGUCCUCACACCACUCCACGGUCACUUUCGGGUCACCUGGUGGGACACGGAAAAACUGGAGUGGUCCACAGAAAAUCAAUGUGAAACCACCACAGAAGGCGACACGAUUGUUGCUAGAUGCAAGCAUCUGACGGAUUUCACACUCAUUGUUGACGCCGCUUUAAAUGAUCCGAACGUCUGCGAAACAGCACUCAUAGAUCUGGGUUAUGUUGUAAAUUCUCUCUCAAUUAUUUCGCUGGCAUUUCUGAUGCUCAUGAGCCUGUGCGCUUACUGGCCAAGCCUGCGUUCGAGCCGUGCACUCGGUAUACUGACGGGAUACGCUAUACCGACCCGAGACUUCGUCAGCCUGACACACAAGCUCAGCUUGCUAUUGUUUUACGUAGUGUUCACGAUAUUCUCCGACAAAAAAGUCUCGGGCGAAGCCUGCGAAUUUUUUGGAGCUCUAUCUUAUUGGCUGCUGUUA